AUGUCUGGCCGUAGUUUAGUCUUUGUUCCUUUCCGUCUAUGUUUGUUGUGGACCACUUUUGGAGUUUUGUCGAGCCGGGCAAUGACUAUUGCAGGCGGCCAGGAACCGAAGUUUGUCAGUUUGAAUGACAUGUUCCGUGAAGUGGAGGAGUUGAUGGAAGACACCCAACAUAUACUGGAGGAUGCAGUCGACCAGGUAAAAUCAAAUGGAAUGGUCACUUCGCUUUGUGUUCAAGAAAGUAAUAGUACAACCGGUGAGAGAAGAUCUUUCCAUAUCGGUGUGGAGAUCUCAGGCGAGUGGAACAGUGUGUAUCAUGAGUGCAUGGUGGACGAGGACUGUGGUGAACUGAAGUAUUGUCUCUACGGGACUGACAGCUCCAAGUGCCUCCCUUGCAUACCAACUGAUAUGCCCUGCACAAAGAACGAAGAGUGUUGCUCAAGUCAGAUGUGUGUUUGGGGCCAGUGUACGGUGAAUGCCACUGAGGGAACAGAAGGAACAAUCUGUCAGGGUCAGAAUGACUGCAAACUGGACCUCUGCUGUGCCUUUCAACGAGAGCUUUUAUUUCCUGUCUGCAACCCCAAGCCAGGAAAAGGGGAGGCCUGCCUAAACCAGCCUAACCUAUUAAUGGACAUGCUUGCCUGGGACGAUGAGGGUCCUCGCGACUACUGUCCCUGUGCCAAUGACCUGCAGUGCCAAACUCAUGGACGCGGAUCUGUUUGUGGACCAUAG